CGGUCUCGCGCGGUCUCGAGGAGGAGUUGCUGGCGACGGCGGCGACGGAGGAGGCUGGCGGUGGGCAGGGGGCGGGGACUACGGGCUCCGCGGUCGGGGACUCGGGAGUUUCUGGAUUCUUUAUCCGGGGUUUUGAGGGCCGCCCGCCGGAGGGUUGUCGCUUGGGCCGCGCCGCCGAGGAGCGACUAGGGCGAGCGGAUCGGCCGCCGCCGGGGCGCGGAGUAUAAGAAAACUAACCCGAAUUUUUUUGGGGGGGAAAAAAACCCCAGAGAAACAAGGAUAGAAGACAAGAUUUUCCAGUUUGCAUAAUAUUUCCCUCGUGGAUACAUUUUCAUAGCAUUAUUAUGUGAUAUGAGAAAUUAUCUUUUUUUCUUUGAAGUAACAUGGAUUUUAUACUACUGAAUUAAGAGAAUUGGCUUUAUAGGAAAAAUUGAUAUAUAAAAAGUGGUACAGGUUUUUAUAGAUAACCAUGACAACAUCGUAUAUGAAUGGGCAUGUAACAGAGGAAUCAGCCAUCGGAAUAAAAAAUCUUGAUCUUGCAUCACCAGAGGAACAUCAGAAGCACCGAGAGAUGGCUGUUGACUGCCCUGGCGAUUUGGGCACCAGGAUGAUGCCAGUGCGAAGAAGUGCACAGUUGGAGCGUAUUCGACAGCAACAGGAGGAUAUGAGACGUAGGCGUGAGGAAGAAGGGAAAAAGCAAGAACUUGACCUAAAUUCUUCCAUGAGACUUAAGAAACUAGCUCAAAUUCCUCCAAAGACUGGAAUAGAUAACCCUAUAUUUGACACAGAGGAAGGAAUCGUUUUAGAAAGUCCUCACUAUGCUGUGAAAAUAUUAGAAGUUGAAGACUUGUUUUCUUCACUUAAACAUAUCCAACACACUUUGGUUGAUUCUCAGAGCCAGGAGGAUAUUUCACUGCUUUUACAACUUGUACAAAACAAAGAUUUUCAGAAUGCCUUCAAGAUACACAAUGCUGUCACAGUGCACAUGAACAAGGCCAGUCCUCCGUUUCCUCUUAUCUCCAAUGUACAAGACCUUGUACAAGAGGUACAAACUGUCUUAAAGCCAGUCCAUCAGAAGGAAGGACAAGAAUUAACCGCUUUGUUAAAUGCUCCACAUAUUCAGGCACUUUUACUGGCCCAUGAUAAAGUUGCUGAGCAGGAAAUGCAGCUAGAGCCUAUUACAGAUGAGAGAGUGUAUGAAAGUAUCGGCCAGUAUGGAGGAGAAACUGUAAAAAUCGUUCGUAUAGAAAAGGCUCGUGACAUUCCAUUGGGUGCCACUGUUCGUAAUGAAAUGGAUUCUGUCAUCAUUAGCCGUAUAGUGAAAGGAGGUGCCGCAGAAAAGAGUGGGCUCUUACAUGAAGGAGAUGAAGUUCUGGAGAUCAACGGCAUUGAAAUCCGGGGGAAAGAUGUCAAUGAGGUUUUUGACUUAUUGUCUGAUAUGCAUGGUACUUUGACAUUUGUUCUGAUUCCUAGUCAACAAAUCAAACCUCCUCCUGCCAAAGAAACUGUAAUCCAUGUAAAAGCUCAUUUUGACUAUGACCCCUCGGAUGACCCUUAUGUUCCAUGUCGAGAGUUAGGUCUGUCUUUUCAAAAAGGAGAUAUACUUCAUGUGAUCAGCCAGGAAGAUCCGAAUUGGUGGCAGGCCUAUAGAGAGGGGGACGAAGAUAAUCAGCCUCUAGCUGGACUUGUUCCAGGGAAAAGCUUUCAGCAGCAAAGGGAAGCCAUGAAGCAAACCAUAGAAGAAGACAAGGAACCAGAAAAAUCAGGAAAACUGUGGUGUGCAAAGAAGAAUAAAAAGAAGAGGAAAAAAGUUUUAUAUAACGCUAAUAAAAAUGAUGAUUAUGAUAAUGAAGAGAUCUUAACAUAUGAGGAAAUGUCACUUUACCAUCAGCCAGCAAAUAGGAAAAGACCUAUUAUCUUGAUUGGGCCACAGAACUGCGGCCAGAAUGAACUCCGUCAGAGACUCAUGAACAAAGAAAAAGACCGCUUUGCAUCUGCAGUCCCUCAUACAACUCGGAAUAGACGAGACCAUGAAGUAGCUGGUAGAGAUUACCACUUUGUUUCACGGCAAACAUUUGAAGCAGAUAUAGCAGCUGGCAAGUUCAUUGAACAUGGUGAAUUUGAGAAAAAUUUGUAUGGAACCAGCAUUGAUUCUGUACGACAAGUGAUCAACUCUGGCAAAAUAUGUCUUUUAAGUCUUCGAACACAGUCUUUGAAGACUCUCCGGAAUUCAGAUCUGAAACCAUAUAUCAUCUUCAUUGCACCACCUUCCCAAGAAAGACUUCGGGCCCUAUUAGCCAAAGAGGGCAAGAAUCCAAAGCCUGAAGAGUUAAGAGAGAUCAUUGAGAAGACUAGAGAGAUGGAACAAAACAAUGGCCACUACUUUGACACUGCAAUUGUGAAUUCAGAUCUUGACAAAGCCUAUCAGGAAUUGCUUAGGCUCAUUAACAAACUGGACACUGAACCUCAGUGGGUGCCAUCUACUUGGCUAAGGUGAAGAAAACAGCUACUUUUCUGUGUCAUCAUGCUGAACUUUAUUUGGCAAACCACCAACAGGAAAAUGGCCUCAAUGCUGAGAAGGAGACAGAUAAGCAGCUCACCUAUUUGUAGAUCCCAAACUAGUGAGAAAGGUCCCUUAGGCUGUUUGUACACAACACUAUUAUUUUCUGGGCAUGGCUUUAGGGAUCCUUGGCUUGUUUGGAGAUUUAAAAUGGGAACUUGCUUCAGAGCAUUUCUGAUUUAUCCUGGAGAAACCUUUAGUUUUUACCUUCCUGACUCUGCCUCUUGGUCAUAUGUCAAUGAAGAAAACAUUUAUGUAUAUACACAAUACUCCAUGUCUCACAGAGUUAUAAAUAUUAACAUUAUUUAACACUUAACUUAAA